AAGAUAAAGAUGCCGUAAACCGUGUAAACCCACCGUCCUCUCUCUCUCUCUCUCUCUUUCUCGCUCUCUCCUCACUCUAUAAAUUUUCCACUCUCUCUUUCUCUUUCUCUCACAUCAUCACUUCGAUUUCAUUCGCACAACUCUCAGACUCGCCAAAAAUCAAAAUCAAAAUCAAUGACGACUCCAAAAUUAGCGCGAAUGCCCAGCUUGAGAGAGAGGGUCGAAGACACCCUCUCUGCUCACCGCAACGAACUCGUCUCUCUUCUCUCCAGGUAUGUGGCUCAGGGAAAGGGAAUAUUGCAACCUCAUCAUCUGAUCGACGAGCUUGAAAACAUCAUCGGCGAUGACAAAGCGCUCAUCGAUGGCCCGUUCAGCGAAGUCCUCAAGUCCGCUCAGGAAGCCAUAGUUCUACCUCCCUUUGUGGCUAUCGCAGUUCGUCCCAGGCCAGGUGUUUGGGAAUAUGUACGCUUUAAUGUUUAUGAACUAAGUGUGGAGCAGUUAAGUGUUUCAGAAUAUCUUCAUUUCAAAGAAGAUCUUGUAGAUGGGCUGGCCAAUGACAAUUAUGUGCUUGAGCUUGAUUUUGAGCCCUUCAAUGCGACAUUUCCCCGCCCAACCCGGUCUUCAUCCAUUGGCAAUGGUGUUCAAUUUCUUAACCGACACCUCUCCUCAAUCAUGUUCCGCAAUAGAGAUUCUUUGGAGCCAUUACUUGAUUUCCUCCGAGCACAUAAUCAUAAAGGGCAUGCAAUGAUGUUGAAUGAUCGAAUGUAUAGCAUACCCAGACUUCAGUCUGCAUUGGCUAAAGCAGAGGAUUAUAUUUCUAAGCUACCUCCAGAUACACCUUAUUCUGGGUUCGAACAUAACUUGCAAGCAUUGGGCUUUGAGAGAGGUUGGGGUGAUACUGCGAAACGGGUUUUGGAGAUGAUGCAUCUUCUCUUGGACAUCCUCCAAGCUCCAGAUCCCUCUUCCUUGGAGACGUUUCUUGGUAGAAUACCAAUGGUGUUUAAUGUUGUCAUUUUGUCUGUACAUGGGUACUUUGGCCAAGCAAAUGUUUUAGGUUUGCCUGACACUGGUGGCCAGGUUGUGUACAUACUGGAUCAAGUGCGUGCCCUUGAGCAUGAAAUGCUUAUGAGAAUAAAGCAGCAGGGACUGGAUGUAACUCCUAGAAUUCUUGUUGUGACACGAUUAAUCCCUGAUGCAAAAGGUACUUCAUGCAACCAGCGGCUUGAAAGAAUCAGCGGAACUGAGUACUCACAUAUUCUGCGAGUUCCUUUUAAAACAGAGAAGGGAAUUCUUCGUAAAUGGAUCUCAAGGUUUGAUGUAUGGCCUUAUCUAGAGAAAUUUACAGAGGAUGCUGCUAGUGAAAUUGCUGCUGAGUUGCAGGGUGUGCCAGAUCUGAUUAUUGGCAACUACAGUGAUGGGAAUCUUGUUGCAUCUUUGUUGGCUCAAAAGAUGGGAGUAACACAGUGCACCAUUGCGCAUGCCUUGGAGAAAACAAAAUAUCCAGAUUCUGACAUAUAUUGGAAAAAUUUUGAGGAUAAAUACCACUUCUCGUGUCAAUUUACUGCUGAUCUAAUUGCCAUGAACAAUUCAGAUUUUAUCAUAACCAGUACAUACCAAGAGAUUGCAGGAACAAAGAAUACCGUUGGGCAGUACGAGAGCCAUACAGCUUUCACCCUUCCAUCCCUGUACCGAGUUGUCCAUGGCAUUGAUGUUUUUGAUCCUAAGUUCAAUAUUGUCUCUCCUGGAGCAGAUAUGUGCAUUUACUUUCCAUACUCUGAAAAGGAGAAAAGACUCACAUCCCUGCAUGGUUCAAUUGAAAAAUUGUUAUAUGAUCCCACGCAGAAUGACGAGCACAUUGGAACAUUGAGUGAUCCGUCAAAACCAAUAAUUUUCUCAAUGGCAAGGCUUGACCGGGUGAAAAACAUCACAGGGCUGGUAGAGUGCUACGCUAAAAAUUCCAAACUGAGGGAACUGGCAAACCUGGUUGUGGUAGCGGGUUACAAUGAUGUGAAGAAAUCCAAUGACAGAGAAGAAAUCGCGGAAAUUGAGAAGAUGCACGAACUUAUGAAGACUCACCACUUGGAGGGCCAGUUCCGAUGGAUAUCAGCCCAAACAAAUCGAGCACGCAAUGGUGAACUCUAUCGCUACAUAGCCGACAAGAGAGGUGCUUUCGUGCAGCCUGCAUUUUAUGAAGCCUUUGGGCUUACCGUUGUUGAGGCGAUGACCUGUGGUCUACCAACAUUUGCCACAUGUCAUGGUGGUCCUGCGGAGAUUAUUGAAGAUGGUGUAUCGGGGUUCCAUAUUGAUCCUUAUCACCCUGAUAAGGUUGCUGCACUUUUAGUAGAUUCUUUUGAACGUUGCAAAGAGGAUCCCAGCUACUGGGAAAAAAUCUCUCAAGCUGGCCUUCAAAGAAUUUACGAGAGGUAUACAUGGAUGAUUUACUCGGAAAGGUUAAUGACAUUGGCUGGAGUUUAUGGUUUCUGGAAGUAUGUUUCAAAACUGGAGAGGCGUGAAACUAGGCGAUAUAUAGAGAUGUUCUACAUUCUCAAGUUCCGUGAUUUGGUAAAAAGUGUCCCUCUGGCAAUUGAUGACUAAGGAACACACGUAGUCCACAAACCAACCACCUGACUUUCAACAUAUAAUCAGUCAAAAUUUAAAUAAAGUUUGGUUCGUGUGUAAUGAAUUGUGGUAUAAAAAUAUUAUAUAGCUGUUGUUUGCAUGGAUAUGUUUUUGGGAUUUUAUAAUUUUAAUCUGGACAAUAUGUCAAGAACCAUACCAAUGGAUGUUUGGAAUAUAUAUUAACUUGCUGUGAAUAGCGCUUUUAUUUAAA